UCUUGAACACACAGCCGCCUGCGAGAGACAACGCCACUGAGCUGCAUUAUUACUGUAUUUGCCGACUGAGACGAAUGAGACAUUUAACAACACCAGCCGGCAAAAUGGGAAAUGAAGCAAGUUAUCCCUUGGAAAUGUGCACGCACUUUGAUGCUGAUGAGAUUAAAAGGCUAGGAAAGAGAUUUAAGAAACUCGACCUAGAUAACUCCGGGUCUUUGAGCGUAGAAGAGUUUAUGUCCUUGCCUGAAUUACAACAGAACCCUCUAGUGCAACGAGUUAUUGAUAUAUUCGACACUGAUGGGAAUGGUGAAGUUGACUUCAAAGAAUUUAUUGAAGGUGUCUCACAGUUUAGCGUCAAGGGUGACAAGGAGCAGAAGCUGCGGUUUGCUUUCCGUAUCUACGACAUGGACAAAGACGGAUACAUCUCCAAUGGGGAACUCUUCCAAGUGCUAAAGAUGAUGGUGGGAAACAAUCUCAAGGACACUCAGCUUCAGCAGAUAGUUGAUAAAACCAUUAUUAAUGCAGACAAAGAUGGAGAUGGAAGAAUAUCCUUUGAAGAAUUUUGUGCAGUGGUCGGCGGCUUAGACAUACACAAAAAGAUGGUGGUGGAUGUGUGACCUAUUUGAGCUCCACACAACACUUUUUGCUUUUUUCUUCAUCUCUGAAGAUCUGCUCAAGAUGUCCAGCAAUGCUCUCUGUGUAUUUAAAUGGAAGUAUUUUCUCUGUGAAGCCACUUUUUCCAACACGAGCCUCAUGAAGCCAACUAAGUGUUGUUGAACUUUUGAUUCUAUCAAUAACUUGGUGUAGCACUUUAAAGUCUGAAGGACAGCUGACUGUGGAAAGAGCAUCUCAGUGUGGUGGAGAAAGGAAAGGGGGCUGGCUUGUAUUUUUAUUUUUAUUUUUAAUUUAUUUUGUUCUUUGUCAUUUUUUAACAAGUAUAUCUAUAGCUUUCUAAAUGGGGGUGACGGGUAGUUAGAUUUGGUUGUAACUUAAUUUAAGCAACAAAAAAGUAGAGUAUGACGUGUCAAGCAGAAUAUAAAUAAACCAGUUGAAUAUAUACAUAUGCAUGUUUGUUUAAUUUAGGAACUGGUAGAAGUACAUGAAUCGUACUGCAUGGUAGUCAAAUGUUAUUUCCCAUAGUAGUUUUCUGUUUAUAUAUGAACUGGUUUGAUUUAAACACUUUAGCUUCUAGUCUAGUAAACAAAAAUAAAAAUAUCUUUGAAUUUUUGUAACAAGGGGAUUAUU